UCUCUCUCUCUCUCUCUCUCUCUCUCUCUCUUUCUGUGCCAUUUCACAUGGCGACUGCUAGUGCAUCUGGGCAGUUCCUUGCACGCCUGAUCGACCCACAAUCGACAAGAAAAUGCAGCAUCUAUGCCGCCGCACCAACUUCAAGAAGUAGGCAAACUGUCUGUUUCUCUCGUCGUAGAUAUCGGCCAUGUUCAAUGUCGAUGAAUGGUUGCCAAGGAGACCACGGACUCCCUGUAGAAACCAUUGAAACGCGUACACUCCCAACAGUUCCAUCACCUGCAUUGGCCAUGGACAGGCUCAACUCUGCCAUUUACCAGCUCAAAUCCCAUCCACCUCCAUCUUCAUCCGGAGUCAUACGUCUCGAGGUGCCAAUCCAGCAACAGAUUGACGCAAUCGAUUGGCUCCAUGCCCAGAACAGUCUCCAGCUUUCUCGCUGUUACUUUUCCGGCCGUACGGUUGGAUCUUCCGAUGUCUUCAAUCCUGCUGAAAAUGGAAACGGCAGCUCAAAGCAGAAGGCCGGAACAAAGGGUUUGGUCAGCGUUGCCGGCGUGGGCUCCGCAGUCUUCUUUCGGGAUAUCCACCCUUUCUCCUAUAACGAUUGGAAAUCCAUUAGAAGGUUCCUCUCGGAAAAGAACCCUUUAAUCCGUGCUUAUGGGGCUAUUCGUUUUGAUGCGAGGUCUAACAUAUCGCCGGAAUGGGAGGGUUUUGGAUCCUUUUACUUUACAGUUCCUCAGGUUGAGCUUGAUGAGCUUGAAGGAAGCUCAAUGUUGGCCACCACUGUUGCAUGGGACGAAUCCCUUUCCUUGACUUGGGAAAAGGCUAUUGAUGCACUUCAGGCUACGAUGGGCCAGGUUUCUUCAUUUGUGGUAAACAUGCGAAACCAAAGUCCAAACACGUUCAUAGUGAGCAAGACUCAUAGUCCCUCCAAGAAAUAUUGGGAACUUACCGUCAACAGAGUUUUGCAGCAAAUCGACCGGACAAAUUCUGAACUGACAAAGGUUGUGCUAGCACGAAGCAGCCGGGUGGUGACUGCUACAGAUAUUGACCCUACAACAUGGUUAUCAUGUUUGCAGGUUGAAAAGGACAAUUCAUAUCAGUUUUGUCUACAGCCUCCUAAAUCACCGGCAUUUAUUGGAAAUACGCCGGAGCGACUAUUUCACAGAAAAAAUCUUAGCAUUUGUAGCGAGGCUUUGGCUGCAACCCGUGCUAGAGGUGGAUCAAUGUCUCAUGAUCUUCAAGUGGAACUUGACUUACUUUCUAGCCCCAAGGACCACCUUGAGUUUACUAUAGUGCGAGAAACCAUAAAGAAAAACCUAGAGGCUGUAGGCAAUGGGGUAGUAGUUGAACCAGAGAAAGUGAUAAGGAAACUGAAAAGAGUCCAGCAUUUAUAUGCCAAAUUGGCCGCCAAAUUAACAAGUGAAGAUGAUGAGUUUGACGUCUUAGCUUCUCUACAUCCAACUCCAGCAGUCUGCGGAUUCCCAAGAGAAGAGGCACGGGUUUUUAUUGCAGAAAAUGAGGCAUUUGAUCGAGGAAUGUAUGCUGGACCUGUUGGUUGGUUUAGCGGAGGAGAGAGUGAGUUUGCUGUAGGCAUCAGGUCAGCAUUGGUGGAAAAGGGUCUUGGCGCAUUGAUGUAUGCAGGAACAGGGAUAGUUAAGGGAAGCAAUCCAUCUUUAGAGUGGGAUGAACUGGAACUCAAGAUCUCUCAGUUCACCAAAUUGCUUAAAAUUGGAGUGCCUCAGCUUGAACAGUUGACGACAGGAGUAUAAACUGAAAGAUGUCCUGAAGCCGAGACAUGGUGUCUUGGGUGAAGAGUGAAUCUCACAGCCUGUUGAUUCGUAUUAUAGCUGGGUAGUAUGAUCUUCUGCUCCAAAAUAAUUCGAUAAUGCAGUACCACAGGUUUAAGUUGUUGCCCUUGUUUGCUCGGAGUGGAAAAUCCCCCAAUGUGUUUUUUCUUCCUCAGCUUUUCGGUCAUCUUGUAAAAUUGGCUUGCUCCAGAUUUCAUGUCAAGUUCAUUGUUUAUCUGCUCCAUACAACAUCUGUGUCUGGAUGUUGGUGAAUAAAUUGAAACUUACUGGGAAUAAGUGGUAUAGAUAUCUCUUACUAAUUUGAUGUAAUCAUGUAAUGUUCGCCUGUAUGAGCAAUAAAAAUCUCCCCCUUAGAAAUGGGGUUAAUCUUUUGUA